AGAAAAAAGAUGGUUGGACUGCAUUACACAUUGCAGCUGAUAAUGGUCAUCUUGAUGUAACCAAAGAUCUCAUCAUUCAAGGAGCUGAAGUAAAUAGAGAAGGAAAAGAUGGUUGGACUGCAUUACUCAUUGCAGCUGAUAAUGGUCAUCUUGAUGUAACCAAACAUCUCAUCAGUCAAGGAGCUGAUGUGAAUAGAGAGAAAAAGAUGGUUGGACUGCAUUACACAUUGCAGCUCAGAAUGGUCAUCUUGAUGUAACCAAACAUCUCAUCAGUCAAGGAGCUGAUGUGAAUAGAGAGAAAAAAGAUGGUUGGACUGCAUUACACAUUGCAGCUCAGAAUGGUCAUCUUGAUGUCACCAAACAUUUCAUCAGCCAGGGUGCUGAUGUGAAUAAAGGGAAUGAUAAUGGAAGUACUGCAUUACACAUUGCAGCUCAGAAUGGUCAUGUUGAUGUCACCAAACAUUUCAUCAGCCAGGGUGCUGAUGUAAAUAAAGGGAAUGAUAAUGGAAGUACUGCAUUAUACAUUGCAGCUCAGAAUGGACAUCUUGAUGUCACCAAGCAUCUCAUCAUUUUAGGAGCUGAUGUGAACAAAGGGAAUUAUAAUGGUAGUACUGCAUUAUACAUUGCAUCUCAGAAUGGACAUCUUGAUGUCACCAAGCAUCUCAUCAUUUUAGGAGCUGAUGUGAACAAAGGGAAUUAUAAUGGUAGUACUGCAUUAUACAUUGCAUCUCAGAAUGGACAUCUUGAUGUCACCAAGCAUCUCAUCAUUUUAGGAGCUGAUGUGAACAAAGGGAAUUAUAAUGGUAGUACUGCAUUACACAUUGCAUCUCAGAAUGGUCAUCUUGAUGUCACUGAGCAUCUCAUCUGCCAGGGAGCAGAGGUGAAUAAAGAGGAUAAUACAAGUUGUACUCCAUUCCACAUGGCAGCUUAAAGUGGUCAUUUCGAUAUCAUCAAAUAUUUUAUUAGUAAAGGUGGUGAAGUGAAUAGAGUGAAUAACUCCGGUUGGACAGCAUUACACUAUGCAGCUAGGAAGGGGCAUGUUGAAGUCGCCACAUAUCUCAUCACUCAAGGAGCUGAUAUGAACAAAGGAGAGGUUACAGGUCAGACUGCAUUACAUAUUGCAGCUGAGAAUGGACAUAUUGAUAUCACAUCAUACCUUAUUAGUAAAGGGGUUGAGGUAAAUGAAGAGGGAAAGCGUGGUGGGACUGCAUUACACCUUGCAGUGCAGAAUGGUCAUCUAGAUGUCAUGAAAUAUCUCAUCAAUCAAGGAGCUGAUGUGAAUAAAGGGGAUACUACAGGUUGGACUGCUUUACACAUUGCUGCUGAGAAAGGCAAUCUUGAUGUCACUAAAUAUCUCAUCAGUCAUGGUGCAGAUGUGAAUAAUGGUGAUAGAACUGAUUGGAGUGCAUUACACAGUGCAGUCAACAGUGGUCAUAUUCAUGUCAUCAAAUACCUCGUUAGACUAGGAGCUAGUUUGAAUAAAGGGGAUAAUACGGGAUGGACUGCAUUGCACAUCGCUGCUGUGAAUGGCCACCAUGAUAUCACCAAAUGUCUCAUCAGUGAAGAUGCCGACAUAAAUAUUAAACAUGACACUGGACGAACUGCAUUACAUUUUGGAUCAGAGAAUGGCUAUCGAGAAAUCACUAAAUAUCUCAUCGGUCAAGGAGCUAAAGUGAAUGGAGGGGAUAAGACCGGGUUGACCGCUUUACAUCUUGCAGCAGCGAAUGGACACCUUGGUGUCACUAUGCAUCUAGUUAAUCAAAAAGCCGAGGUGAAUAAAGAAGAUAAUGAUGGUCACACUUCACUGCUGUUUGCUGUCCAGAAUAGCCAUGUUAAAGUCAUUGACUAUCUGAUAGGCCAAGGAGCUAAAGCCGACAGGGGAAUCGCUAAUGGUUGUGCAAAAUUACUCUCUACUGUGCAGGAUGGUCGCCAAAAUAGCAUUCCUGUUCUAUUGGCACCACGAGCGCGUCCUGAACUAGACGGCAUCCACGGAACGACUCCCCUAGGACUGUCUUUGCUGUUUGGGUAUGAACAAAUCGCUGGGAUUCUAGCCACGUGUUCCCCAUCCGAGGUCAUCAACAGUUAUUUUCAUAAUGCGAUACAAGAGGGUCAUACAUUUGUUGUUGAGUAUCUAGUCAAUCGAGGAGCGGAUCUCAAUGUCCAGUCAGCAGACGGUCAGACGUGUCUUCAUGAAGCAAUCAAACUUUGCGACAGGACGGAGAGAAAAGUGCAAUAUAGUGACACACUAAGAAAGAUUUCUGAUGAAUUUUACGGCGGAGAACUUGCUCCUGAGAAAGCCCUAGUGUUCUAUCUCCUUGACAACGGAGCCAAGAUAGAUGUGGAAGAUAAGUCAGGUAAACUCCCAAUCCAAUAUGCCAAGGAUGAAGUGGUCAGACAGAUGAUUUUGUCAAGAUUAAAUUCCCUUGAAGACAUAAAGUUUUAUCGAGCUGAAAAAGAAGCUGGAUCUACUGCAAGUCGCGUCAGAGUCGACAAAAAUAUAUCUCAGGAUAUAUUACAAGAGGACCAUGGCUUGUCAAUGUACAUCCCACCCAAUGCUUUGCUUCAGGGAGAAUCACGAGAGAUCACACUAACCCUCCUUCGAGACCCUCCAAGCGUAGACAUCCAAGAUGAUGAAUCUGUGGCCUGCUACGGGAUCAGAUGUGAUCCUCCAAACAUGGUUUUCCUCAAACAUGCUAAGAUCAGGAUACCUCACGCCACACUAGUUGCCAACCCAGCCGAAGUAAAGCCAGAUGUUGUGUCAUAUGAAUGGGAUUCAGUGAAUGAUCUGCCACGAACUUCAAGAAGCAGUUCAUCCGACUCUCCAGCUGGCAAGCCACCAUACUGCAAGGUCUACAAGAGACACCUUGAGCUGUAUAUCGACCACAGUGCUGAGUGGUGGGUUCUUAUUCCCCUUGAGCAGCAUGUGAUUAAACGCCGAUUCAUGUGCACACCGUAUACUCCAGAUGGAAUAAAAAGAGGACAGGAGAUUGGUGUCCACCUUCGUCUUCAUGAGGAUAUUCCUGGAAUGGAUGUGGAAAUUCAAGAGGAGGAGAAGAAGCAGUGUUAUCACAAGGCCCAUCCCUCUAUGCCCAUCAGUAUUGCCUCCAAGGCAGGGGAUGUCAGUGUGACAUCCUUCCGAGGUGGCGAAGCCGUGGACGAGAAGGUUCUCCUUCUCAAAGACGUUCAAAGAAGAACGCAACACCCAAUUGUGCUCCCGGUGCCAAUGCAUGAAGAUGACACGGACCUUCGAGUUACAGUCAUACUUGCCCAGUCAGGGAAAGGGGUCGAUGUUUCAGUAUCACUCGCCUUUGUUAUCAGAUGCGCUGAUGAAUGGAAUUUGGAACCCACUCCCUUUGGACGGGUGGUUGAAGAAGUCUCAAAAGGUGACCUCCAGGAUGUUAAUAUCCUCAACAUUGCUGAAAAGAUGACAGUGGAUCAGUUUUAUGAUUUAGGGGUAGCCCUUGGUUUCCCGAUCACACAGCUGGAUUCUAUAGAAUACCAGAGAAACAGAGACAGACAGCAGGCCUCAUAUGACAUGCUAGCUACAUGGCGGCAGACACAAACCUCUGGUAAAGCAGCGAAGGAAGAACUCAUCACAAUCAUGGAAACACUGGAUUCCCCUACUGAAGACCUUUGUGCAUUAGAAACAAGUUCUGCCAGUGAAAUUCCAGACAAGGUGCUUCUUGAUAUAUCCCGAAAGAUAAAACCAGAGAAGUACUUCGAGACUGGAAGGAAGCUUGGUCUUACAAAGGUAAAGCUUGAACACAUAAAACACCGGACAUUUGCUAACAGGAGGGAAACCAACAUCCAGAUGCUUUCUACAUGGAAAUCAUCACAGCCGCCCGGAGAAAAGACAGUGGAGACUUUGAAACUGGUUUGGGACUCUGUCCAAUCGGUAAAGAAAGCUGACAAUAUCGAAGAAGAAGAAAAUACUUCUGCAGUUCCCAAACAGGCUGUUGUGGAAAGAGCCAAGCAAACUGAGCUCGAAAGCGAAAAGGAAACGAUGGAGAUCAUUGACUUUUCAGGAGCGGAUUAUCCAAGUGGAUCUCCUUGUAAGCAUGAGGAAACCCGUGAGGAUCUUGAGCAACACGGCGGAAUACCAAACACAGAAGAACUCUGUAGUGUGGCUCGUCAUGUCAAAUCCUUACAAACAGCACGUUCACUUGGAAAAACGCUUCAUAUCGAUGACAUCAGCAUAGUUGGUUUCGUCACUCAGCACUGUCCUUCCUUACUACGUGAGACAGCGCAGCAGAUAGUACGAAUGUGGCACAAUGGCUUACAAGAAGGAGUCAAGGAAGAUGAACUCAACAAGUUAUUAAAGAAGUACAACAUCUCUGGUGACAAAACAGGGGGCUAUGAAGAAAUAGCACAACUCAUUCGAUUUGACGCAGACCUACUAGACUUAGUUCGUCAUUUGGAUGUACACCAUACCAGCGUCAUGGAGUUCUUUAACACAUCCUCAGCCCUUACACCUUACAUGGUUGUUCCCGUUGCCCUAAAAAUGCUGAUAGAAUGGUCCAACAAACGUGGAACCAGGGAGAGGCUUCUGGCAAUAGCUCAGGCUUUUCGCUUCGGCGGUGCAGACAUCAUAGCAAAAGGCCUCAAAUGCCAGUCAACCUACCCGUUUUUCAUCUCACAUGGCAUCCUUGAUCAUAAGGGUGGGAACAUUACCCUCGAUGAACUUGGAAUUACUGUAUCUGUUCCUGAAGGAGCUAUUCGAAAGGGAAUUGGAUCAACUGUCACCGUCCGUGUAUCAUUCCGCAAUACUCCUAGACUUCCCAUACGCGACGAUGAAGUUCUUGUUACUCCCGUCAUAGAGACUUCUCUCACACAAGAACUUCUCAAGCCGGCAUCGAUAGUACUACCACACUGUAUGGGUUUCAACAACGACGAUUCUACCGCUGUAAUGUACACCAAGGCCGGGCAAGGAAAAUUCGGUCGCAGAAUGUUGACGAGAGUCGAUUCACGAAUCUCAAAAUCUACGAUUGAGUUUUGUACACGUCAUAUUGAAGUUCUGGCUGUGUGUUCAAAGGAUCUUCGAGAUCUUCAACUGACAUGCUUGGUCUUCCAGCCUACUAUGAAGGCACAAGUGGAGCAACCAUAUCUAAGCGUGUACAUUAUCCAUCCAUAUAUGACAUAUGUCCAGGAUAUAAUCAAGAGGGAGCUUACUUCGUCUAAACCUUACUGCCAAGUCGAGAAGGAAUUCAAGUUCUCUAUUGGGUCAAAAUCAAAGCACCUGACGGUUAUUUGUCAUGAAGAAACGAAGCAACAAAACCAAAUGAUACUCCUCAGCGGUGUAUUAAAUGGUCAGUGCAGCCCUGUCGUAUUCAUGCUUCAGUUUACCCAAGAAGAAAAUGGGAAGAAGAAUAUUCGCAUUGCAAUAAAGGAAAGAGCCGAGCCCAUAUCUGAUAGAGAAUUCAACGUAGCUAUAGAAGAUGAACCGGAUUACACGACCAAUCGCAGGGUUUCAUAAGGCCGAUGGAGCUGCUUAUCUAACAAUCUUAUCGAAAGCCUGGCUGACGUGAUUCCCAAGCAAAGUGAUGCAAACUCCCUUGGCGGCUAUCUUGGUUUCUCAGAGUCAACCGUAGAGCAAUACCUCGAUCGGUCAGAUUCUUCUAAGAAAUGUUCAAGAUCGGGGUUCGUUGAGAUGCUAAGUGAUUGGAGACGAAGAGUCCGACCUAGUGAGCAGGUAAAGGAGCUUUAUCGAGCCCUAAAAGAUGCUGGUCUAGGAUAUGUAACAGACACUAUCCUGCAUGGAGAGACUGGCUCAUCUAGGCCUACCGUUCCUCAGCACGUGAAAAGUUUUGAGUCAAAGAAAUAGAAAACGACAAUUCCGAUGACCUCCAGACUCUUAAGCCGUUACCUCAAGAAUUGGAUGGUCACUGUACGAAGCCUAUGGAAAUUCGAGAGUCCAGAGCCAGCGGGUUAACCUGAUGAUCUCUGAAGUUAUAACUCACCUAUUAAUUUCAUCUAAUACAGAUCAUUCAUAUCGAAAUGUGGCAUAAUGUUAAUACCAGAGCACAUAUUUCAUGAUUUGAAGGGGUGAUUAUCUUUCCAAAAAAUAUAAUUUUAAUAACAUUAAUGACAACAAUCAUGCCAACCACAGUAGGCCUAGUUAUGUAGUAUUGGUAGUGGUAACAUCUACAUUUUAUACAUUUUCUAUCAUAUUUUGAAACAUUAUUAUAUAAUCUGUCGAAGAAAACACUAUUAUAUCAGGCGGAUAAUUGAAGUUUUACAGAGAUUACACAGUGUGAACACCUCAUGCGUGAGUGAGCCCAGAACUUCAGGCUUUCUUCCCAUUCUCUAUCUAGUCAUUGUCAUAUGCCAUGAUUGAUUGAUUGAUUGAAUUUAUUAUUCUUCACUUCAAAUAAAUUUACAAAGUAAGUAGGAACAAAUCAGAAUAUGAAUAACAUAAAUGAAAAAGGGAACUCACUGGAAAGCAUCGCUUGUUUAUGUGAGUCCCCUAAAAUAAAUAACUGAUUUAAAUUUAUCAAAUACAAACACCAUGUACAACUCGCUGUAACU